AUGCAAAAGCAUCAAAUUUUGUCAAUCAAUACUCCUAGAGAUGUCACUUGUCCUAUUGAAUAUUAAUCUAGAUUCAGGAAAUAAAAUGAUGCUGCGACUUUAAAUUUAAGCACCAUCAGCGAUGAAUAAUAAAUUAUACGCAGAACAAUGAUUAAUAGUAUUUAAACUCAAUUAAAUAGACAUUAAAAAUAAAGUAUUUAGGGAAGUCUUUCUAAUUGUAACACAAAAGUAAUGA